UAUUUUGUUGAAGAUUAGUAGUUUUGUUGUUCAGCCGUUUGAUAAAUGGAUCACAGGCAUUGUUUUCCCACCACUGUCCAGAUGGUGGCGGUAAUGCAUGGAAGCUGUUUGUCAACACGUAGUAAACAUAAUAUGAAGAAGAAGAGAAAAAAAACCGAGCAUACACUGAAACCAACGACAAGAGCCGGAGCAGUAUCUUUCAGAAGUCUUUUAAAUAGCAGAAACCGAAGAUGUGAUAAAGAUGAGUAACCCUGCAAUACGCAGCCCAAUGUACUUUACUAAAGCCAAAGAGGAGGAAAAGCUCUGGAUAGAGGGAAAGAAAAAAGAAGACAUCCAAUCUCUUACUGGACAGGAGGCCAAAGACUUUUACCAAAGCCUGCUACAAGAUAGCAGUGAAGGAAGACCAAGAAAGGCACGUGAUGUGACAACAAGGAGAGUGAAAAGAGGAGCAGGGCAAAAUCGAAGAAGAGGAGCGGGACGAAGAUCAGAAGGUGGUCAAGUCCGAACGGGUGGCACCCCAGAGCGCAGUGGUCACAAACUUCUACAAUAUGCCCAGGAGGGCAAUAUCCAGGGCCUAAGGGACCUUCUGCGACAUGGCUGUGACGUCAACUUCCGUGACGAUUUUUUCUGGACAGGCGUGAUGUGUGCAAGUCAGGCAGGGAAGACAGAGGCUGUUCGGCUGCUCCUGCAGCACGGAGCUGCAUGGGUGGGCGUAGUGGACAAACAGGGCAGAGAUGCCCGGGAUUUGGCCGUGCAGGCAGGUCACCAUGACGUGGUGAGAGAGCUGGAGCAGUUUGGUGUGUCAGAGAGUGCACCAACUGCAAAUGGAACAGACAGUGUUCGUUCUCAGUGGUGUAGUGUGUGUGCUGUGCAUUACACAGACAGCACUCAAACACACAACAGGUCCACGCUGCACCAGUUCAGUGAGCUCCGUCCCCCAUCCACCCCGCAGUACUGCCUGCCCUCUACCAGCAACAGUUUUAAAAUGAUGCUCCGCUUGGGAUGGGACCCCUCUUCCGGUCUUGGACCCUCUCACUCCGGCCGCAAAAAUCCAGUCAGCACAGUACUUAAGAGGGACCAAACUGGCUUCGGUUAUGGAAGGACCCCACAGCCUAAAGUCACUCAUUUUCAGGCUAGAGAUCCUCAGGCAGUGCAGCAUAAACCUAAAGAAAAAAGAAUGAGACAGGAGAGAGGAUCAAAGCUCAAUGCUAAAGAACUAAAGAGAAAAGAGGAGAGAGACAAAAGAUUGGAAAGAGACUUCCGCUCUUCAUUUAAUUUUGACCUCUGAGACCCUAAACCUUAUACUGGGAAGUAGCUGCUGAAGCUGAAGCUUGUUACUUGAAAGCCACAAGUUCAUUCAACCAUAAAGAUUGUAUAGUAUCAGCCAACUGCUGAUAGCUGGAUUACAGAUUUUGUUAUAUAUAUUAAGUGGUUUGUACUAAGUUUGUCAAUAAAUUAUUGUAAUAAAUACUCAUGAUUUUAUUUGUUUAUUUUGUUGUCUUUGUAAUCCAUUUUGUUGAAUGCAAACAGAGGAAUUUGGUUGAUGGCCAAGGUGCUAUUUUCCUUUCAGCUAACAAGAUAAUGAUUCAGUCAAUUUCAGAAAUGAAAACAAAUAGAAUGUUGUAUAUAUUUUUUAUAUUUUACAUGCACAAAAAUGCACUGAUUUAUACAGUAGUGGCCAAACGUGAUCUUCAGUGGGCAGAUUUGUACAAUAUUUGACAGUAUUAGAUACAAUUAUUUGGAAAAAAUAAUUUGUGUGUUGUCUUCAUGGGGGCUGUUUUUAUUUGACAAAGUUCAAAAACUUUAUUCUGGUAUAAUCUGGUAUAGUUUAUUUAUAUGUGUGUGUGUGCCCUCAUCUCACAAAUUAAUUUCUUUGUGUUAGUUUGUGUGUUCUGCAACUGUGUUCAGUUUUUAUGAAUUUACUAAUUAUAUGUUUGUGUUUAGGUAAA